AUGCUUCGACUUUCAACCUCUCCUUCUGGGACAUUCAUCAUCGGGAAAAAAGGUUUCUUCCUCUGCGACACCGACGACCAGAAAAUCUCUCUCUAGCUCUCUCUGUUUCUCUGUGUCUCAAUGGCGGCAGGAGCAAGAAGACAAGGGCUCGUUAUGGCGUCAAAUAUCCUGAAAACCCUAAAGGGACGGUCACCUUUAUCGUCUAACGCCAGAAGUUUCAGUCUCGUCAGCAGUGAAAUCAUCACCAGUCACACCGCUAAAUGGAUGCAGGAUACAAGCAAAAAAUCUCCAAUGGAGUUGAUCAAUGAUGUGCCACCCAUCAAGGUUGAAGGCAGGAUUGUUGCUUGUGAAGGAGACACCAAUCCUGCACUUGGGCAUCCAAUUGAAUUCAUAUGCCUUGACAAGAGCGAGCCUGCUAUUUGCAAGUAUUGUGGUCUCCGCUAUGUUCAAGAUCAUCAUCAUUAGAUGGUCUUCUGGUGUAGGAGAAUGGUUUUUCAAGAUUGAAUCCUUGCAUAACCAUGAUUGGCUGAAAAUACAACUUUCUUUUCCUGUCAUGGCUUUCUGAGUUUUCUGUUAUUCUGGUGUAUUGGUAAACACUUUCUUCUGUUUAUUUUCAGCAAAUAAGCAAAAUUUAACUAAUCCCUUAAGUCUGGUACGUUGAUCUGUUAAAGCAGUUCUCUACCAUUUCCUUGUUA